GCUGGCCUCCCCUUUAUGGGGCCCUGCAGCAACCCAGGCCUGGGGCUCGCGGGGGCAGGGUCGCCCUCCCAGCCCCCCAAGAGGAGGAAGAAGAGAUACCUUCGGCAUGACAAGCCUCCCUACACCUACUUGGCUAUGAUCGCCCUAGUGAUCCAGGCUGCACCUUCCCGCAGGCUGAAGCUGGCCCAGAUCAUCCGCCAGGUCCAGGCCGUGUUCCCCUUCUUCAGGGACGACUACGAGGGCUGGAAGGACUCCAUCCGCCACAACCUCUCCUCCAACCGCUGCUUCCGCAAGGUGCCCAAGGAUCCUGCGAAGCCCAAGGCCAAGGGCAACUUCUGGGCGGUCGACGUGAGCCUGAUCCCCGCCGAGGCGCUGCGGCUGCAGAACACGGCCCUGUGCCGGCGCUGGCAGGGCAGGGGCGCGCGGGGGACCUUCGCCAAGGACCUGGGCCCCUACGUGCUGCACGGCCGGCCCUACCGGCCGCCCAAGCCGCCCCGUCCUCCCAGUCCCCAGCUGCCACCCAGCGAGGGCUUCAGCAUCAAGUCUCUGCUGGGGGACGCCGGGGAGGGGGCGCCCCCAAGCAGCCAAGGCGGAGCGGGUGCCCUUCCAAGUAAGGAGGAGGUGGUGCCCACACCGCCCGCGCCCUCUGAGCGGCCGCUGUGGCCCCUCUGCCCCCUCCCAGGGAUCAUGAGGCCGGAGGGGGAGACUUCCCAGGGGAGAGCCAGCAGGCCUCCACCCCUCUGCCCCGAGCCCAGGGCCUGGCCUCUCCACUUACUGCAGGGAACGCCCGACCCUGGGGGUCACAGGGCUUCACUUUGGGGGCAGCUCCCCACCUCCUACUUGCCCAUAUAUACCCCCAACGUGGUAGUGCCCUUGGCACCACUACCACCCACCUCCUGCCCCCAGUGCCCGCCCCCAUCCAGCCCAGCCUACUGGGGUGUGGCCCCUGAAACCCACAGCCCCCCAGGGCUGCUCUGGGAUCUAGAUGCCCUAUUCCAGGGGGUGCCACCCAACAAGAGCAUCUAUGAUGUGUGGGUCAGCCACCCCGGAGAACUGGCUGCCCCCACCCCAGGCUGGCUGCUCUCCUGGUACAGCCCGUGA